AUGCGGAAUAGGGCAACGACGCCGCUCAAGGUGAAGAAGAAUCUUCUGGAUCAGCUGAAAAUCCGACAAUCAUGGAGCAAAUACAAUCUCUACAAUUUAUCUCGCCUUACCAGACCUUCUUACCGGUGGAAGAACUUCUUCCAACUGAAAUGGCUGGCCAAAUCCACCUCACGAAGCUAUCAUGGAGAGCAGGUCCGGGAAAAACAGUGGGUGCGAAUGUUCGAUACACGGAUCCGGUCUGUCGUUCCCAUGGACGCUAAAUACCUCGCCUCGAACGACGGCGCGCUCGAGUCGGCGGGGCGAGGAUCAGGGCUAGAGAGAGGAGAUGAGCCCAAGUCAAGAUCAAGGGGAAAGCAAAAAGGCGAAUUGCCAAUUCCUUACAUGCAAAUGACAUUUGCGCCGCUGGAACGGAGACUAGACACCGCCAUUUUCAGGGCCAUGUUCGCCAGCAGUGCUCGUCAAGCCAGGCAAUUUGUGGUCCAUGGCGCAGUCAAGGUCAAUGGCAAAGAAAUGCGGUACCCCGGAUAUCUUCUGAACCCCGGCGAUAUGUUUCAAGUACUCCCAGAACGGGUGAUGUUUGCCACUGGCUCGCCGAAAUUGCCUCCGAAGCCGAAAGCCGCAGACGAAGAGACCGAAGGCGAAGAGAUUACUUCCGAAGACAACGAGGGUGUCGCCGGAGAAGCCGAGGCGGAGCAAGAUCAGGCUCGUGACGAUGUUGAUGUCGAACGUGAUCCUCGGGAAAUCCUGAAGGAUCUGAAAGCGCAGGCGAAGAGCAUUCUCUCGUCUACGAAGCAAGACCUGGGAGCGAAACGAAAGCAGGACCUGAGAGCGUUCUCGAAGACCAUACAACGGCUGCUUUCCCGGUCAGGGUCUUCUACAAUCCUGACAGACAGCAUAGAGGCACAAUUUGCAGAAUUACAGAAUCAGCUGAAAAUUCGGAGGCAGAACAAGGAGGCUGGCACCACAUCACUCCCUUCGGCACAAGACGAUUCGCGGACCUCUCUCGAGGACGGCGCAGAACAAUCUAACAAGGAUGAGAAGGAUGAAGCGUUGUCAGGAGCAAACGGACAGGAGAACAGUCUCACGGACGGAGAGUACAACGAGCUACUUGCGGCUCUACAGUCAAUGCAUGAGAAUCCGGUGGACGACUCGAAGCCAUACGCGACGCCCUGGAUGCCUCGCGACUAUAUGAGUGCGUUCGCUUUCAUUCCCCGAUACCUCGAGGUGAACCACAAGAUUUGCGCGGCAGUGUAUCUGAGACACCCUGUCGCAAGGCCCGGCUUGGCCGAGGUUCCGAGCCCCUUCUCCGAUUUAACGCAAAGUGCCGCCUUUGGCUGGUAUUUGAGGAGGAGUUGA